CUCUUACUCUCUAAUUUUUCUCUUCUCCCCCACCGCCCCACUCUCUGCACAAUUAAGCUCUCCUAUUUAUAGGAGAGCAAACCUCUACGAUGGCCUGCAUCUUCUGACUUUGCUGGAGAGUGGGUGCCUAGUAAAACAAACCAUGGUGGGUGGCCUAACAAAAUUGGUGCCUAACAAAACAAAGCGCCUAACGGUGCAUAUGCAGCAAGCCACUUGCAUUUACACUUGGGUUGACUCAACAAGAGGAAGUGCUUCGGCUCCUUGCUGAUCAGGACAACAAAUGAAGAAGAGCAAAUCAAUACCUAUAUGAGCUGCUUGCAAAGAAUAAGCGAACUUGAAGAGAACAUCACAAGGUGUUAUUCUGAAGAGUUCAAUGUCGCCGACAGGAGUCGACUCCAACAGAUCUGAUCUUGGAGCCUUGGCAUGGAUGGUACCGUAUUUCUACAGGUACUUUCUCCUGCUUGAGAAUCAGAUCCCUUUUUUCGUUCUGGAAGAGAUAUAUGCGCUUACCCAUAAUAUUUCUGUCAAGGAAAGUAAAUCCAAGCUGGUGCGUUCUGCUUUGAGAUUCUUUAAGAACGGAAUGAAAAGAUCCGAUUUCAUUGCAAGGGACAUCCAUCAAAUGGAUAGGGUCCCGAUCUUGCAUUUGCUGGACUUGGUUCGGAGUAGUUUAAUACCAUCCAAUAUCAGACAGGGAAAAAAAAUCUUUUUCGACACUACAUUCAUUCACUGCAUCUCGAAGCUCCGGCUAGCAGGGAUUAAGGUCAGUCAGGGCAAGGCGCUCAGCCUCCUAGAAGUGAAAUUCAAGAGAGGUGUGAUUGAGAUGCCAAACAUAGUCAUCAAUGUCUUGAUGAGAUGUGUGUUGCUGAACUGUGUGGCACUCGAGCAGUGCCAACAGAGAAGCAGCAAGUACUUUUCGGGUUACGCUACUUUUUUGGACUGCCUGGUGAGCACCGAAGAGGACGUCGAGUACCUUCACGAGCGCAAUGUCAUUGACAAUUACCUUGCCGACGACUCCAAGCUUGCGGGCUUCAUUAACCAUGCGAGCAAGGAUUUGGUAAUCAAUGAUUCUGACGACUUCUAUUUGGGGGAAUUGUUCGAGGAUGUGGAUAGGCAUUAUCAGAAUAGAUGGAAGUGGAAGUGGACGAGCUUCAACCGGGAGUAUUUUGACAAGCCGUGGUUGCUUUUGUCGGCAGCGGGGGGCAUUUUGCUAGUAGUGGCUACGUCAUUCCAGGCCGUAAUGGCCUUCUUAACUUACAAGUAUAAAAAUUGCUAGCCUAGCCACCAAUGAGGUAAUUAAUUAGGUUAUAAUUAUUUAAUUCUCUCGAGUAUUAUGAUCACUCGAUAUCGUGGUUUUAGAAAGUUUUAUCAAUCGCUACUUUUAGCGAUAUGAUGAUAUAUAUCAGUCGACUUUGGUUUGAUGGGAUGUUUAGAAUGUAUUAUGUUUUAUAUGACAUUAUUAUUUAAUUCUAA